CCUAUACCAGACCGUCGAUCUGAUUAUUAGCCAAACCAAACUCUCGGAAUACAAAAUGAAGCCCAGUAUCCUCUUCAUGCUACCAGUCGCCCCUGCCGUGCUCGGGAUGGCAUGCUCAACUCGCACGAGAUAUUACUGUGGACACACUCUUCUGACGAUGGGAGAUUGGUUGCCCGAUAUUGAGACUGCUCUGGCAAAUGCCGGCGUUGAACAGACAGAGCAUGCUAUUGAAGACUCUAUAUUUACGUGUGUCGACGAUUAUGCCAUAAUAUACAGUUCAGCAUGCACCUACAGCUGUAUCGAAACUGGAGCGGGAAGUCCAGACUACUGCGCACCUGGAAGUGACGUCAAUUCUAGCAGUUGAUCGCAAGAAUUGGGACACGAGAGAAAGUGGAGAACUUGUUAUCUAGAGUCCCUCGUUUUCUGGAUUGGUACCGAUAUCUCGGCAUGGGGUUUUCCCUAUGUCUUUGUGCAAAUGCAGAGAAUCGCUG